GGAAUCACCUAUACAAUAACAAUGAUGUCAGGAAGCCCACCACCACCUUAUACGGUCACAUGCGCUAAUCCGGCUUAUCCACCCAAUCCGAUUGGUUUUGAUCCCACAAAACAACCUCAAACGAUGUCACCGCCGGGAAUGCAACCAAUCGCUUCGACAGUACCUGCAGUAGCAUAUCAUGCACCGAUGCCGGUCAAUCCAUAUCCUUCCUAUUCUCCACCUCAGCCACAGCCUGUUGCACCUCAGCCACAGCCGAUUAUUAUGCAACAAAUACAGCAACAAGCACCGAAUCCAGCCCCAGCUCCAGCACCAGCACCAGCACCUGCACCUGCACCUGCAGCAGUGCCGAAUAUUAUUGUGAAUACGAACGCAGUUGGUGGAGGUGGAGAGGGUGGCUCAGCGAAUGCAGCCGCUAGUGCUGCCGCGGGUGGUGGUGUGAGGAGUGGAAUAAUUUGUCCGUUUUGCAAGAUGGGUUUGAUCGUGUGGCGUAGGUAA